AUGACGGCACGGCUAACAACGUGGUACCUCAUCAUCACCCUCCUGUUCCGCUGCCCCAAUUCCAUCACGCAGCUGCACGACGACUCGCCCCGCGUUUGCAAGCCCUACCUCCAAGCCCGCUCGUACGCAGCGCCCUAUCUCGACCCCUACUACGAGACGUACGUGGUCCCGCAGUUCGACAAGAUCAGGCCAUACACGGCGCCCGCCAUUGCCUUUGCCCACGAGCAAUACGCAACACACGGCGCACACAGGGUGGAGCAGGCAAGGAAGUAUGCAGAGGCCGAGUACGUCAGGUCCAUUCGGCCCCAGCUGCAAACGGCCCAGGAACAAGCCUGGGCACAGUAUGCGCUACACCUAGACCCUCACGUCAAAAAGGCGACGGACGCGAUUGCUCCUCACUACAAGGACCUCAAAGACAGCUCCCAAGACAUCUACUACCAAACCCUUCUUCCGGCCUACGAGCGUUCGCUUCCCUACCUCGAGCAGGGACACGCUUACGGCCAUCAUGUCCUCGUUAACAUUGUCUACCCCCACCUUCAUACCACCAAGGAUGCGGUCUGGACAUUUAUCCAGCGCACCCUUUGGCCACAACUACGCGUGCUAUAUGGUGACAACGUCGAGCCCCAGUUGGUUCGCAUCUUCGAGCGACUAGGCCGCUACAAGGACCAGCAAAAGGUCGAGUCGGUCAUGUCUGCCGCCAAGUCUCAGACAGACGUCCCUUUAGAAUCUAGCAAGACUGUCCCUACCAUGCUCAGCUCCUCUGCCUCUGCUGUGCCUCCCAGCUCCACCCAAGGGUCUGGCUGGAGUGCCCUUGACGACUUCUUUGGCAACGAACCUGAAAGCACAGCAUCGAAUGAGGUUGAAGCACAUACUGCGACCAAGCCUGCCCAACCCCAGCUCACUGGUGCUGAACUUCAGGAGAAGCUCAACAAUGAUCUCCGCGAGUGGCAGUCCAAAUUCGCCUCUGCGGCUGACAAGGGUGCUGACGAUCUCGAGGUCCGCGUCGCAGACCUUACAAAACGACAAGUUGAAAAUUCUGUCAACGGCCACGGCAAGGCCUUGCUUGUCAAACUCGAAGAGACUGCUGAUGCGACCGUCUCCAAGCUUAAGAGCUACAUCAAGAAAACAAUCGAAGCUCUUCCCGAAGAUGCCUCCGAAGCCGAUCUAGAGGCUGCGUACCAGGAUUGCAGCGCCAAGACGCGUGAAUUUGGUCUCAAGGUCAAGGAGCGUGCCCAGGACAUCCGUGCCUGGAAGGCGUCAUUUGACCAGGAAACCGAUUCUCUUGUGAAAGCUGCAGUGGAAAGCACUGUCGAGGUUCUUGAAAAGAUACAUGGCCUUGGCCUUCAAGAGGUUGGCAUGCGAUGGGCAUGGAUCGACGGUGUCACAUAUGACGACUGGCAAAACUACCACAAGCUAAGAGACACGCUCACUGAAUGGCAGGCUGAAGUUGAGGCUGUCGGGUCAAGACAUGACGGUCUCCGCGUUGCUCACAUUGAGGCUAAGAAGCUUGAGGACAAGGCCAUGGCUAUCGCAUCUGAAAUGGUUGGCGAGUUGGUUCGUCUCAAGGACGUUGCAAAGUCGAAGAUUUGGGCUGGUGAUGCCAGCAGUGAUUUUUCCGACAAGGUCUUUGCACCAAGAAUUCGAAAGGCCGCCCAACAGGUCAUGGAAAAUGUCCAGGACGUAUCCUCUCAGGUUUCCGAGGCCAUCCAAGGCAGUUCAACACCACUGAGCGAAAGUAUCGCCUCAUCUGCCCAAGAAGCUUAUUCAGGUGCAUCAUCGCAGGCCUCGGAAGCACUUGAGAGCGGCUCAAUCCUCCUUGCAGAGAGCGUAGCGGCGCCUGUCGUAGAGGCAGCGUCCCAGGCGUCCUCUGUAGCUGCUGACAUGGUCGACGAGGGCUCUUCAAAGGCUUCCGAAGCCUAUGAAUCGCCCAAAAAGGUGUUCGGAGGUGCCAAUGCUCAGAUCCUUGCCGAAGCUAAGCAGGUCGUGCUCGACCAGCCCUUUGACGACGACGAGGACACGUAUUCUAAACAGUUCCAGGGCAUGGUAGCAGAUGCGGGAGACCGAGCGGCUCAGAUGAGCCGUGCGGUGAGCGAAGCGCUUCUGGGUCCGUCCAAGACGAAAGGCAGUGUCGAAUCUGCCUCGUCUAUUGCAAGCGAACAGUACGCAAAAGCACUUGCUGCUGCGUCGAGCGUGCUCUAUGGAACUGAACAGGCUGCCGUUGAGAGUGCUACCAGCGUUGCUGCUGAAAAGUACGCACAGGCCGUCACCGCGGCAUCAUACGCAAUUUACGGCACACCAACUCCCACUGCUGUCAUUCAGACGAUUCAGAUCGAAGCCAGUUCUCGCUACAAUGAAGCUGUUAGCAUGGCGAGCGCACAGCUGGAGAACGCCAAGGCCCAGCUGUCUCUCCUGAUCUCUGGCGAACCCCAGCCCGCACACCAGACAAUGCUUUCAUACUUCGAGAAGGCCUACUCGGACUCUGUUGCAGCCGCUAGUGAGCGUCUGUCCAACGCCAUGCAGUACACUCAGUCCGUGAAGGACUAUGCUGCUAGUCCAAAUCAAGGGUAUUUUGAGUCUGUUUCCUCGAUUGCUUCUUCCCGUCUCGCCGAGGGUCUUAGCCAGGCAUCCGCUCAAUUUCUCCCCCAGUCAACCGGGGUAGCUGAGGGUGCCCGACGACAGUACUACGAAGCCAUUGGCCUUGCGCAUGCCCGGUACUCUGAAUUCAUGGGUGCGGCUUCAAGUGCUAUCAACGGCCCUCAACAAGGCACUGUGGAGUCUCUGGCGUCGGCUGCUUCCGCAUCGGCUGCAUCAGCUGCUUCGUCCAUCUCCGACUCAGCAAAGUCGGCUGCCUCGCAAAUCAGCUCUGGUGUCAUUGGUUCAGAGACUCCCUGGACUGAGUCUGUUGCAUCCCAGGCCAGCAAAAAUUGGGAAGCGCUCAUCGCUCAAGCAAGCAGCCAAGUGUACGGCCAACCCACACCCUGGGCAGAGUCUCCCCGUCUUCCCUUAUUUCCCUUGUUUCCUACUCGCCUCUCCUUUUUGCAUAUGAGUAGGUAG